AGAUGCUUUAUGUUUGCAUCAAAAACGCAAAAUUAAACCUGGACCGAUGAACAGACGGCAGGGGGGAUCUAUCUGUCAAAAAUCGUGUAACCAACAUAUUCGGCAACAUGGUGUUUGUUUUGGUUUUUGUUCCUUUUGGUCAUGAAAUUGAUCGAUGUGAAAUAUUAUAGAAUUGGAAUGUUUUUCAUCGAAACUCGAGAAACCGCGGAAAACUUUCAUCAAUGUUGUUCAGCUAUUCACAUUUUCCCCCAUUAUUGUUCAUAGUUACAAACAUCAUGGACCAACAAACGUCAUGGACCAACAAACGUCAUGGACCAGAGUUGAUCUGCGAUAACACACACAUAUAUGAAAUUUGACAGCAGUGAAUCCCCUCUGACAGACGGCAGCAGCUAAGCGUGCCAUUGAAUGCGGAAUGUCUAGAAAACAAGCUUCCACCAUUUUUCAGUUUCUUCGGAUAAGGUCAUAUAUUGUUAUUAAUUUUACGACAACCAGUGAAAAUAAACUGUUGGUGAAUGCAUAACUGUAUCACGUGUAAUCAAACAACAUUUUGCUACCAGUAAAGCGAUAAUAGGGAGCUUCCCAUGUACAGUACUGCCAUCUGGAAUAGUUUAAUGGAAAAGCAGAAAAACGUAAACAAUCGAUCGGCAGAAAAAGCGAUUAUCAAACUGUAUUUUUCUGCAGUUUUUGUUGAGUUCUCAGGGUUUUUUUUUUCAUCUGAAAGUGAUUUGUAGGUCUCGAUAGUUCAUUUUUUGGUGGUAUGUUAAAAAGUUGGGGUCGCCGACGCUUGUUAUUCCGAAUAAGGUAAUCCAGAUGUAUACUGUUAGACUAGAAAAACAAACUGAAUCGUACCUGCGCUGUGUGGUACCGUCAUGCAGAAAAAAACGGGAUCUUGGUACGUCUUUUUAUAAACUGCCGGACCGGUUAAAGGACAAUAAACGGUGGCGUGAAUGGGUUAAUCUGUUAAAGUUAAAAUAUGUACCUUUGAGGCAUGAACAAGUGUGCAGUAAUCAUUUUCGAACAACAGAUUUUUUUAUUAUAAAGUCAUUGGUUCGCGAAACUGCUAAAUAUCUUGUAUCGGUUACCCCUGGUGGAUGCCUCAACUAUGUAAGCCAAGGAUAUGUUGGGAGAGCAUCGGACAAAUUCAUUUUCAACGCUAGUGACAUGAUAUCUUUGUUCGACAAGCAUGAUGCUGUGAUGGUUGAUAAAGGCUUUGCUAUCAAAAAGGAGCUCGAACAACGUAAUUUAGAACUAGUGCGUCCUCCGACUUUAAUAAAUGAACAGUUCAAUAUUAGAGAAGCUCGUGACAAUGUGUCAAUUACUGGCGCACGUGUUCACGUAGAACAAGGAAUCCAACGGAUGAAAAAUUUUAAAAUUUUGACUGAAAAGGUUGAUUUAGCAAUUUUACAUUUACUAGAUGAUAUGAUGGUUAUUUUAGCAGGAGUAGCAGAGGCGACGCGUGACCAAGUGGGCUAGCUGUUCAAUCAACAUUUGCAACACUAAAACAACAGUAUCGUGAUAACAGUUUCGAAAAUUUUUAUCUCUACAUUUAUCUAUAUGGCAAAGAAAUUCUACGGUCUAUUAUAACCGCGAGUUUCCGAUAAUU